GUCACUUCCAACAAGGCUUUUUUCGUCCGUCAUGGUGAGUGGUGUUGGUUUAUUGAUAACGUGAUAACGUAAUCAAACGCAAAUGAGCAGAACUCGCAAGUGUGGAAGACUCCCAAUGGAUCAUAAUAGCCUAUUCUUCUAAUUAAUCACAAUGAAAAAACUCAAUUGGAGUGGUUUAGAUUUUCUUCGGAGGGAUCGAGGCGCGAUCGCUCGUGAAUCGAACUCGAAUACAUCAACCCAAUUAGGGACCAAUCGAUGGAGCUCCGAGUCCAAGCUUCAAAUGACAGAUUCAGUUUCUCAGAGCAGUAGUGAUUACAAUCAGGAGAAACCCCUCUCUAACAAAGGCAGGUUGAGCUUCAGUGAUCUUCUACGCCUAAAGAAAAGUCCAGGUGAGUCUGGCUAUGCAGAACCUAAGACCAAAUCAAGUAUACUGGACACAUUGAAACGCAAGUUCAAGAUUGCCAGGAGUGAACAUUCUCGCAUCAGAAAUAUGAAUAAACGCCACAGUUUCUCCCUUUCCAUAUCCUCAAUAGCAGAAGAAUCAUGUGAUCGGGAUUCACUACCAAAGAGUAAAACUCUACCUACUGUUCAACAGACUUGUCGCUUGUGUUCCAUGCCCAACUCAGUGAGAAGUACAAGGGGGAAUUGUUGUGAUAUUCAUAGUGAACUAGAUCCACUUGCUGAAAACCAAGAUGACCACAAUGACAACAGUUUACCAGUAGCUGUACAAGAAGUGAGGCCACCUCCUGUAAAUGGUUCAGAAUUGUUACAUCCCAUUAGUACUGCAGAAACCGAAAUGUCAUCACAUAGUCCUAGCAGCGUGGCGGCACUAACCACAGCUGCCUCCAGUAACAGUAAUUUAGCGUGGGAACUUUUCAAGUUGGUUAAGUAUGGAUGGUAUUGGGGACGGAUGACCAGAGGAGAAGCCGAACGGAAGUUGGUAGAUCAGCCCGACGGAGCUUUUCUGGUGCGCGAUUCAAGUGACGAUUGUCACCUGUUGAGUCUUAGUUUUCGAUCCUAUGGUCGAACCUUACACACACGAAUCGAACACACUAACGGAUACUUCAGCUUUUACGCUUACCCCGAGGCCGAACAGCAUAGCAGCGUCGGUCAGCUUAUUGAACAUUUGAUGGAUACGUCUCGUUCUGGCAUAUUUUGCUACUCUAGGUCACGCUCUCCUGGAUCACCCUCAUAUCCCGUCCGACUGACCAAACCUGUAUCACGAUUUUCUGAGGUGCUACCGUUGCAAUACAUGUGCCGAUUCGUCAUCCGCCAAUACGUUAGGAUGGAUCACAUAGAAGCUCUGCCGCUGCCCGAGUCUCUCAAGUCGUUCAUCGUUCGGGGCAAUUCGUAACUAUGAAAUUCUCUCACAAAUGUCAAAGGAGUGCCUCUCCAUUAUUGGAGAGAGGGAUCUAAACAUGCUGUUGAUCGCAUCUCGUGGAUCUAUGCGUGAAUCGGAUAAUCAGUAUAAAAUAUAUAUAUAUAUAUAUUCUAAUACAGUGUUUUAUGCUGAAAA